AUGACUCGAAUGGAUCGAUGUUGCGGUUGCAUUCCUAUGAGACCGGGUGUUAUAACUAUAGCACUUCUUAGCUUAGCUGGAGGAAUACUUGGUCUUAUCCAAAAUAUUCAGCUUCUUACAGAUUAUUAUUAUU